AGACUAACCUAAAAUGUUAUAAUGAAUGAAAUUUUAGCUAUAUAUUUGCUAGAUAUGUAAGAAAAGAAAUAUAAAUUGUUAAACUAUUUGCGGAAAAGUGUAGUUAUCUUUUAUUUACAGUGAUAUGAUAUCAAAUAUGUUAAGAGCUGUUUCUAGUAUUUAUAUUGAGAGCCAGGCUUUGGCGACCACUAGACGUGAUGUUUUUAAAUUAUUUCGCACUGCAGGUUAUGCUGGUAUAUCCACAAACCAGACAGUCCUGACGGAAGUGAGUCCACAAACAAAGUCUGCUGUAUCAUCAGUGGAUUCUCCUGCACAUUCGGCACCUCCACCACCACCACCCCCACAUCCACCUCGCAGAGGAUGGGUCGCCGCUGCGGCUUUUGCACUCACAGCUUCAGUUGGAGGAGUGUAUUUCAUUCGGAAGCUGAACACAUCAGAGGAGCAGCCAUUGACUGAAAAAACAAUAGUGGAAGUAACAGAGAAGGAGGACCCACCGAUUCCGGCGACUCCCGAGGGCCUGCCGCAGCAUGUGGAUUACCUUGUGGUGGGUGCGGGCACAGCGGCAUUCGCGGCGUUGCGGGCCAUCCGCAGCCUGCGUCCCGACGCCCGCGUGCUGCUGGUGGGCGACGAGCUCGCCCUGCCGUACAUGCGCCCACCCCUCACCAAGGAACUAUGGGGGGAGCCGGAGCUGGCCAAGAAGGCGGUAGAUCCAGACACCUUAAUAUUCACACAGUGGAACGGCAAGAAGAGAAGGUUAGCGUACGAGCCGAGCGUAUUUUACACGCCGACGGAGAAGCUGCGCGAGGGCGCGGCGGGCGCGGGCGUGGCGCGCGGCUGGAGCGUGCGCGCGCUGGACGUGGGCGCGCACGAGGCGCAGCUGUCCGCCGCCGGGCACUCCGCCACGCUCACCUACGGCAAGUGCCUCAUAGCCACAGGCGUGCGCAGUGCGCGGUGCCCGGCGCUGCGAGGUGGGCGCGAGGCGGGGCUGGUGCUGGGCGUGCGCACGGCGCGCGAGGCGGCGCGGCUGGCGGAGCGCGUGGCGCGUGCGCCGGCGGGCGAGGUGGCAGUGGUGGGCGGCGGCGCGUACGCCUGCGAGCUGGCCGCCGGGCUGGCGCAUGCGCUGCGCGAGACGGACAAGUCGGUGGUGAUGGUGUACAAGGAGGAGGCGCCGCUGGCGCAGCUGCUGCCCCGGCACCUGGCGCUGGACGCCGCGCGCCGCCUGCGCCGCCUCGGCGUGCGUUUGUUGCCGCACACGGAGGUGACGGACAGCAGUGUGAGCUCGGACCGCGUGCGGCUGCAGCUGGCGCGGCUGGCGGGCGAGGAUGGACAAGGGGAGGAGCUGAUCACGGAACGAGGGGCGGAGCGCAAGCUGGAGGCGGGGGUGGUGGUGGAGUGCGUGGGCAGCGAGCCCAACGUGGAGGUGGCGCGCGCCGCGGGGCUGGAGGUGCACCCCGAGCUGGGGGGUGUGGUGGUGAACGCGGAGAUGCAGGCGCGCACGGACGUGUUCGCGGCGGGGGACGUGGCGUGCUACUUCGAGCCGGCGCUGGGGCGGAGGCGGGCGCUGCGGCACGACCACGCGGUGGCGUCGGGCCGGCUGGCGGGCACCAACAUGGCCGGCGACAGCCCGCGCGCCUACACGCACCAGCCCAUGUUCUGGUCCGACAUCGGCCCCGACAUCGGCAUCGAGGCUAUCGGCAUUAUAGAUGCCCGGCUGCCAACAGUGAGCGUGUUCUGUGAGGACGCGGUCAGCGAGGAGGUCUCACAGGACAAGAAGCAGGCGGUGGCAGUGAGCGAGGAGGCGGGGGCGGGGGCGGGGGCGGUCCAGCAUGAGGUGGGCGGGGCCGGGGCGGGGGCGGGCGAGCGGCACUACGAGCGCGGGGUGGUGUUCUACAUGCGCGAGGAGCGCGUCGUGGGCGUACUGCUGUGGAACUUGUUCAACAGGAUGCACGUCGCCAGACAGGUGCUGAAGCAGGGCCACUUCGAGGACCUGCUGGAGGCGGCCAAGCUGUUCUCGCUGCACGAGCCCGAGUGAACGAUGCAUUUAUACUUAACUUGUAAAUAGUAUUGAAUAAACAUAAAUGACGCACA